UUCUUUUUUUUUCUUGAAGAUGAUACACCAAGCCGUGGAAUUUGUGACUACAUUCUGACAGGCUUUUCAAUUUUCAUAUUCAUCUGCACAUUUCCUCUGGCAAUUUUUUUCUGCUUAAAGGUAGUGAUAAUUUUGUUGUAUAGUUUUGUCCAUUUAUGGGAUGUCGAAAAAUGGUACAUGUACCUAUGCAGUCCUUGAAGAAAGGGUGGAGGCAUUGUGGAGUUUUGUAGUGAUUAACAUGAUGGACUUAAGGUCCAGAGAUCCAGGUUCCACUGGGCUUGAAAUUGACUUUUUUCCCAGCAUCCCUGAUUUUCUUAGGAUUUGAAACUAAUUCUCUGUCACUCUGCAAUUUCCACAGAUAGUGCAGGAAUAUGAGAGAGCAGUUAUUUUCCGACUUGGUCGCUUAAUGUCUGGUGGAGCCAAGGGACCAGGUAAAAAAAACGUUAAUGUGUAGUGGCAAAUUGUUUUUCUUAUGGGGUUCCCAAAUGUGGUGAAGAUUCAGGAAGCUACUGCGUUUCAUUAGUGUUUAUCUCUGUUUGAUAAAAUUUAUAUUAUUAACCCAUUCGCCCCUGAACCGCCCGUAACCGCCUGUGCGGAUCCGGGUCCUUUCUGCCCUUUGUAACGUGAUCAGUUUUAACGGUCAAGGACAACGUUCUUCGCUAACUUGUGCAGAGUGAAGAGAUCUUUCAAACUAUACCAGAAUGAGCACAAUUCAGUCAAGGACACCGGAGAAAGAAGCAAAAAACCACGUGACAAGGACCUGAAAAUCUCCAUGAAAAUCUUGUUCCAUUACCCACCUACCUUUCCUUUCACCUAAUCCUAAGAUCCUAAAAGCUUUCCAUAAAAACUCUUCCCACCAAAAUGAAGCCUACUAAAUGCCCAGCAAGAGAAAAAAAAUGAGGCAAGAAAAGCGAAAAAAGAAUUUCCCAAAUUUUGUUUUCUCCAAGAUGCCCCUGUAUUGAUAUUUUGCAUCUGGAUCAGAAGGUGGAUCGGUUUGGGUAAGUUUUAGCUCUUUAUAGUACGACAGUGACCAGAAAACCACUCAACUAGCUUCAAAACGUGUUUUUCGGCAAAAUCUCCAGGAGCGAAUGGGUUAAUUCCUUUGGCUUUAACUGUGCAUUAGUUUAGUAGCACUCCUCAUACUUCUAUUUCCCAGGAUUGUUUUUCAUCCUUCCCUGUAUUGACUCAUACCAGAAGGUGGAUCUCAGGACAGUGUCCUUUGAUGUCCCACCUCAGGAGGUAUGUCAAAUAACUUCUUUUACAAUUUUUCAUUUAUGUGUUGAAAACAAUAUUUUGCCAUUGAUUUAUUUGUUCAAUAUUGGUUAUCAGAAGCUAAAAUGGGUACUUUUCUGUUAAUUAUUCUGCAAUUUGGGGAUAAUCCAGAUAACUUUUUUUGUUGUGUAGAAACAAUAAUACUGCACAGUAAAAUCAUAUUCAUAGCUUCAGGUUGGCACUAAUUCAUGUAAACUGGAAAGUGUUAUUAUAUCCUGAUCUAAAAAUAUCACUUUUACAGUGUAGUGUGCUUACUGUUGUCUCUCAGAAAUAAUAGCAAGAAACAAGGGCUGUCACUUGAAGUUUCCAGAUAUAUGCAAUAUUAAUAGGCAGGGAAUUAAACAUGUAGGGGGUUCUUUUGGAUCCAUUUUUCUUUUGCUUACUAUGAAAGUGGCUGGGUUUCCCUGCACUCCCAGCUGGAACUGAUUUGGUCGCCUUGGCGAGUCGAAAAAUUGCAGCAGAAGUCUUAAAUUGCAGCAAAAGUUGCCAAUUUGGUGAACUGGGUUCAAUGGUAAUGUGCCAACAAAAAAGUUUUAAAAAGGUAAUGUGCCAAGCAGUAGUGUUUUUAAGUUCGUGCUUAUGGUCUUUCUAAGGUUAAAGUGAGAUAAUAAAACAUUUUGCUUGUAAUAUUAUUUAUGCUAAUAUUGCCCUACAUGUCUUGUUUUAUUUCUGGUAAGCAAUCCUGUAUGUUUGGCAACCAAUUUAUGAUUUUAGGUUGCCAAAAGGCAACUGUUUAAACAUUUGAGCUUGUAGCACUGGGUCAUGCUUGUUGUGGCGGAGUAAAUCCUUGGCUCUCAGCCCUGAUUUUGAAAUGCAAAGACCAUGUAGGAAAGUAGUCUGAAGGAAGAUUUUAUUUUGAAUAAAGAAGCACAGAUACAAAUAAGAACAAAACAAUUUGACUAUACAAAAAGGAGAAAUGGUCAUGACAUUGUUCAUUUUGUGGGGUUACUUGUGAUCCUGACAGCAAUAGGUGAGCAAGGUUAGUAUUAAGUGCAAUAUGUGCCUUUGGAGGGUAUUAAUUAAAAAAGAGUUACAAGUUGGCCUUUUUGAGUGGGAUGGUAUUUUAAUAGAGAGGUCUACAUUGCCAGAAUUUCAAAUUUUACAAAAGAAUUAAUGAUUUCCAGAACUUUGGUAUUUUCCCUUUUGUAGAUUCUCACAAAAGACAGUGUGACAGUUGCUGUGGACGCUGUUGUCUACUUUAGGAUUAGCGAUCCAACCAUGUCGGUCACUAAUGUGGAAAAAGUCGAUCAGUCAACCCGCCUUUUGGCACAGACUACAUUGCGAAACUUCUUGGGCACAAAGAACCUGAGUGAGAUCUUGACAGACCGUGAGGAAAUCAGCAAGACCAUGCAGGUUUGUGUGAAGGACAUGUUACACAAAAUUACAGUUGACAUCAAUGUUAUCUAGCAAAAAAGUUACUGAUCACUUCUUUCAUGAUUACUUUUAAUUAACCCUUUAAGUCCCGAUAGUGACCAACAUCAAUUUUCUCCUAAUGAUAUCCGUACAAUGUCAAGAGGUUAGGUUAUGAGAAUUAAUAAAAUGAUCACCUAAGAGAAAAUGCUUUGAUCUUUUGUCAAAUUCUCUCAACUCAUUCUUUAAGGAAAUAUGUAGAGAUCAGUCUGGAGAAUUUGUAUGUGGAUAUUGGUGCUUAAAGGGUUAAUCCUUUUAACUCGUCGCCCCCUUGUGAUGGUAAUAGGCCAUUUGCAUGAUGACGUCACUUUACUACUAUGACCAGAAUCCUUCAGGGUUUUGCUUUCUUGUGCAGAUUGGCGGUUUUGUUAUUGAAACUUCUCUGGGAUUACCAAAUUAAAAUAUGAAAGGAAAAACAUAUUUAGGAUUCUGGUCGUAGUAGUAAAACGGGCAAAUGGCCUAUUUUGUGAACUGUUCCCAUGUAUGUAGACAUAAUUAUUGUUGUUGCAUUAUCACAAACGGGAAAUCAUGGUAUGAAAUGGGCAUUUUGUUAGAUGUGUGCUUCAGAGGUUUACGAGAUGCUCAAUUGAUUGAGAAUAAUACUUAAGGAAUGGUGGCGUCAACAAUCACAUUGCUGAGCACCAUUGAAAGAUGAAACAUCAAAUUGACUGGGACUCUGCGACAUGUAUAACGUAUUCUACAGACUGCUAUCAAUGUCUUACUUUAGAAAGCUGGUUUACUAACUUAGAACAAAUGCCACUGAAUCGUAGCCAACAGUUACCAGCGCCGUACAAACGACUUAUUGACGAGAUCAAGCAAAACUAACUACGAGAGAACAACUGGAGAACUGACAAUUUGACUAACAAUAGACGACUGUUUAACUGUGACAAUAGACGGAUUGAAAUGCAACAAUCACUGAUUGAGUCUUCAUAGCCAAUAACAUCACGGCUUAACUGAGAGACGACCAAUAACAUCGCGACAUAAUUGACCAAUCAGAUCAAUAACCAGAGUAUAAUACCAUCAACUGACGUGAUACAACUCACUUUGACUCUGAAGAUGACUACCGCACAGGUUGUCGAAACGUUAGUCACUGUCAACAACAACAGUCCUGUUCAGGACUACGUUCACCCGGACGAUCAAACUCGACCUUUUUUCUUAAUCCGUUCCCAGGUGUUCAGUUGUUCAGUUUGAUCAGCUUGGCUUUCCAUUUCUCAACCAUUCACUUGCCAUGUAUUCAGCAAUUCGAACAGAAUAACAUGAGGAAUGUUUUUGCUUGAAGGGUUACAGUUUUUGCACACUGUAAUGGUAGAGAAAACACACAAGAUCAAAUUUAAUACUGUCCAUGUCCUUUCAGACUCACCUGGAUGAAGCCACUGAUCCUUGGGGUGUGAAAGUGGAACGUGUAGAAGUGUAAGUAUCCCACAUUUUAGUAUUAUUAGAUUCUGUAAUAUGGCUUUUUUACUGAGGGCUUAAAAUCUUUCAUCCAUUUUCUUAAGUUCCUGCACUGUCAAAGCAACCAUGCUGCCACGCCAUUGUCUUUGUGUGGUGUCUGUCUUCCAAUAAUAUUUCUAUUAUUUCCUAUUGACUUACACAUAAAUUUGGGGUAGUGGGAUACUCAGGGCCCGGUUGUUCAAAGCUGGGUUAAGAUAACCCGCGGUUAGUGCGAAAUUUGAAUUCAGAUUUGAACGCUUAAAAAGUAUAUUCAGUUUAAUUCUUUCUGUCGGCAAGUUGAUGAUUGGAUGCUCUUAAAAAUAACGGAGAAACUUAUCCGAGAAAAUGCUUUUGAAUAAAAGAAAAAGGCAAAAUGAACAACUGGGCCCAGUGACUGGGAUGAUCAAAAGAAGGCAAAAAUGAAACCAACUAACUAACUACUCCGAAUUUUUGCGCCAGCUAAACAAUAUCAAAAUAUUUAUAUUCACAGUCUGGGGGUAGUAAGACUGAACUAAAUGCACUGUAAAUGCACUAUUUGCCUGUGAACUUGUUUACUUCUGAUCACAUGUACAUGACCUCUGAAAUUGUUUUUGGUUCAAGCUAUUCGUCUCGAUGCACAAUAAUAUUGAUCCUAUGGUUCAUUCAUAUUAUACUGUUUUUGCCCCUCACAUUUACUGUGUUCUUUCGUAUUCAAAACACCUGCAGGAAAAUAUGGGUCGUGUAAGUCAAGUGUAUUAUGUUUUGAGAUAAAUUGAUUAUAGGCUUUUUGAAGUUCCCAUUUUGCAGAGGCUUUAGUUUACAUCUCAGUAAAAAGUUGUGUAUGGCAAGAAACUUUGUUUGAGCUGUGAACUUUCAAAGGUAUAUCGAAACUCGCUAAUGCUGACAUCAAUAUAUCAUGCUUGCUGAAUGGGUGAACACAGAAUUGAGGAGAAGCAUAACAAAUGAUAACAGAAUGCUCUUAAUGGCGUUGAGUCGUGUUUGCUUGGAAAUAGCAAAGAAAAUCCAAAUUAUCUAUCUAAACCAAUUCAAGAAUUAUUGAAAAGUCAAAACAGAGUACGUUUUUUGUAAUAUGAUGUUUGAAAGGUCAGCUGAAUAGCUGAUGUUUCUACAUGUAAAAUAACCAUGUGUAUAUAAUAUCCUCUUCAACCUUUUUAAAAAGCCCUAUAUAAAAAUAUUCAGCACAAGAAUUAAGUUCACGUUCAUAAAUUUAAUCAAUACUUUAGUAUAACAUCUCCCCACUACUUAUAUAGCAAAAUAAUGUAGAGGGACAAUAAAUGAGAAUUUAUACUUUGAUAUCAGGGUUUAAGGUUUAUAUACCCCUUGUUUCUUUUUUUUUUGUUUAAAAUAAGUAAAUAAGUAAUGUACUUUUAUAAUAUGAAAUAAAUUCUUUGGCUUAAGAAAAAGAAGAAGAAGAAUGAUAUUCUAUUCUCAUAAAAAGAAAGGGCAAUAACGGGUAUCAAACUUGGUCCCUUCCAGGACAUAUUUUGCAGACCAGGGUUGCAUUGAUAUUAAAACAAUUGCAAAAUGAGUUUGGUGGCACCAGAAUUUCAAACCCUUCUGUCAAUCAUCCCUGUCCUUUAAGUCCUGAGGACUUUUAUUUUGCAGACCAGUAUUCCAGGAAUGCAUUAGAUAUUAAAACAAUUGCAAAAUGAGUUUUUUUACUUACAUAUUUUUCUACUCAGCUCAGUGUUAUUUUUCAAGAUUAUUGUAACCAAUGUCUUAUAUUGCUGUACUGUAAAUUUGAGCUGUCACAAAUUUCGAAUAAAAAACCCCUAUAUAAUAAAAAAAAAAUCUGUCAAUCAUCCCUGUCACUUUAAGUCCUGAUUCCACUUAUUAUUUAGUAAGGCCUUGUAAAUAAUGAGUUGUUGUAUUAAGCUGGCUGUUAUAGCAGGUGCUUGUAGAAAUUUAUGGUUGUAAAAGAUUUGUGUAAUUUUUGACCCCUGCAGUCCACAGUUUCCCCCCUUCCUUAUCUUUAACCAAUAAUGUCAAUUGUUUGGAUUGUAGGAAGGACGUUCGUCUUCCUCUGCAAUUGCAGAGAGCCAUGGCAGCAGAAGCUGAAGCUACCCGUGAUGCACGUGCAAAGGUACUAAAUCAGUCUGGCACCCCAACUAAUUUUCAGAAUUAUUUAUUUUAGAUGGGUUUCGACACGGGAAUAAGGACUUCAAUUUCAAAUUUAGCACUGCAAAAGUUUUUCUGACUGCUGUAUUAUUUUUGAAGUAACGAGUGCUGAUUUGUAUGUCACUGCAGAUAUCACUAAUAACUGGUGAAUGCUCACUUGCAGAGUAGGUGGUGGUAAUAGGUAAACCUCAAAGCAAAAAUUCCUUUUAGUUAACAUAUUGAGAUUUCACAAUAAGAAGGUUAAAUAAUGAUCAUCUGGAUGAAUGUACAUGUAGUCCUGAAUAAGACUGUUGUUAAUCAUGACAAUUUGGGUGGUAGUCAUCUUUAAAGUCAAAGUGAGAUGUAUCUCUGGCUAUUAGUUGUAGCCCUUAUGAAGAAAAUGAUUACUUGGUGAGUGGUGCGAAAAAUUAGAGUUUCUGUUAACAGACUCUCAGUGAGGUCCCUUAAUCACAGAUUAGACUCAGCUGAUUUUAACACCAAGUCUGUUUACGUCAUAGGUCAUUGCUGCCGAGGGAGAGAUGAAUGCAUCUCGUGCCCUGAAGGAGGCUGCUGAUAUUAUUUCAGAGUCACCUUCUGCCCUUCAGCUGCGAUACUUGCAGACACUUACUUCGAUCUCAGCUGAGAAAAAUUCCACAAUCAUCUUCCCUCUUCCUGUGGACUUCCUGAGCAGGUUUCUGCCAGACCAAAAAUGA